UUUACCGCACAUUUCCCCUCCCCUAGCUCAUUUCGCACGACGCAGCGGUUGGGAACACAGACAUUUUCGGAGCUGAAGCCGCCACUGCCGCCGCCAUUUUGUGUCUGUGGAGAAAGAAGCUGCUGUGGCGGCUGGAAGUGGACGGAGAUCACCUGUGAGACGGCGGCGUUUCAUACCCGAGGUUCCCCCUGUGUCGUCCCCCAACCCCCCUCCGCGGUCAGCAUGUGGUGAAGCCGGAGCCGCGAGAGACCCGGGGAGAGGAAGAGGAGUCAGAAGGGAGGCGGGGUAUCGAGAGCGGCUUCAGCUUCAGCUGCGGCGGACCUCGGAGGGGGGCCGCGGCGCAAUGUCAGAGCAGACGCCGGCCGAGGCCGGUGCUGCGGGGGCCCGGGAGGACGCCUGUCGGGAUUAUCAGUCAUCGCUCGAAGACCUGACCUUCAAUAGCAAACCGCACAUCAAUAUGCUGACCAUUCUAGCCGAGGAGAACCUGCCCUUCGCCAAGGAGAUCGUCUCUCUCAUCGAGGCCCAAACCGCCAAGGCUCCUUCCUCAGAGAAACUUCCUGUUAUGUACCUUAUGGAUUCUAUCGUGAAAAACGUUGGAAGAGAGUAUCUCACUGCCUUUACUAAAAAUCUAGUUGCAACAUUUAUUUGUGUGUUUGAAAAGGUGGAUGAAAAUACUAGAAAAAGUUUAUUUAAGUUACGUUCCACAUGGGAUGAAAUAUUCCCUUUGAAGAAACUUUAUGCCCUGGAUGUCAGAGUCAAUUCAUUAGAUCCUGCUUGGCCUAUUAAACCUCUGCCCCCCAAUGUGAAUACAUCUAGCAUCCAUGUGAAUCCUAAAUUUUUAAAUAAAUCGCCUGAGGAGCCUUCAACACCUGGCACAGUGGUCAGCUCCCCUAGCAUCUCCACUCCUCCAAUUGUUCCUGAUAUACAAAAGAAUCUUACCCAAGAACAACUAAUACGGCAACAAUUACUGGCAAAACAAAAACAGUUGUUAGAACUUCAGCAGAAAAAGCUUGAGCUUGAGCUAGAGCAAGCUAAGGCACAACUGGCAGUUUCUCUUAGUGUUCAGCAGGAAACAUCCAACUUAGGUCCUGCAUCUGCACCUUCCAAAUUACAUGUUUCACAAAUUCCCCCUAUGGCAGUUAAAGCUCCCCAUCAGGUUCCUGUGCAACCUGAGAAAACCCGUCCAGGUCCAUCCUUACAAAUUCAGGAUUUGAAAGGGACUAACCGGGAUCCCCGUCUUAAUAGGAUAAGCCAGCAUUCUCAUGGAAAAGAUCAAAGUCACAGGAAAGAAUUCCUAAUGAACACAUUGAACCAAUCUGAUAUUAAGACAAGUAAAACUGUACCCUCUGAAAAACUAAAUUCAUCCAAGCAAGACAAAAGUAAAUCAGGUGAAAAAAUAACCAAGAAAGAACUUGACCAAUUAGAUUCUAAAUCUAAAUCUAAAUCUAAAUCACCAUCACCUUUGAAAAACAAAUUAUCUCACACAAAAGACUUGAAAAAUCAAGAAUCUGAAAGUAUGAGGUUGUCUGAUAUGAAUAAGAGAGAUCCAAGAUUAAAAAAACAUCUUCAAGAUAAGACUGAUGGCAAAGAUGAUGAUGUAAAAGAGAAGAGAAAAACUACAGAAAAAAAAGAUAAAGAUGAGCACAUGAAAUCAUCUGAACACAGACUGGUUGGAAGUAGAAAUAAAAUAAUAAAUGGCAUUGUACAAAAACAGGAUACAAUAAUAGAAGAAUCAGAAAAACAGGGGACAAAACCAGGGAGAUCGAGUACUAGAAAGCGAUCAAGAUCUCGAUCACCCAAGUCUCGGUCACCAAUUAUCCAUUCCCCAAAGAGAAGAGAUAGGCGGUCACCCAAAAGAAGGCAAAGGAGUAUGUCUCCAACUUCGACACCCAAAGCAGGAAAGACUCGCCAAUCAGGAAUUAAGCAGUCACAUAUGGAAGAGUUUACACCACCUUCCAGGGAAGACAGAAAUGCUAAGCGAAGUAAUAAACAGGAUGUUCGAGAUCCAAGGCGAAUGAAAAAGUCUGAAGAGGAUCGACCACAAGAAACUGCAAAUCAGCAUUCUACAAAGUCAGGCACUGAACCAAAGGAGAAUAUAGAAAAUUGGCAAAGUUCCAAGUCUACCAAAAGAUGGAAAUCUGGUUGGGAAGAAAAUAAAAGUUUACAACAGGGUGAUGAACAUAGUAAAUCUCCUCAUCUAAGGCAUAGGGAGAGCUGGUCAAGCACUAAAGGAAUUCUGUCACCUCGACCCCCCAAGCAGCAGCAGCAUCGAUUAAGUGUAGAUGCCAAUCUUCAGAUUCCUAAAGAGUUAACUCUUGCAAGCAAAAGAGAAUUACUUCAAAAGACGAGUGAACGUUUAGCAUCUGGUGAAAUUACACAGGAAGAAUUCCUUGUUGUUGUGCAUCAAAUUCGACAGAUAUUUCAGUAUCAAGAAGGUGUACGAGAAGAGCAGAGAUCUCCAUUCAAUGAUCGUUUUCCACUUAAGCGACCUCGAUAUGAAGAUUCAGAUAAACCUUUUGUAGAUAGCCCAGGAGCAAGAUUUUCCAGUCUUGAUACAAAUCAGCGACUUACGGCUUUGGCUGAAGACAGACCAUUAUUUGAUGGACCCGCUAGGCCAUCGGUAACGAGAGAUGGCCCAACCAAGAUGAUUUUUGAAGGACCUAAUAAAUUAAGCCCUAGAAUUGAUGGACCUCCCACACCAGGUUCUCUUCGGUUUGAUGGGUCACCAGGACAAAUGGGGGGAGGAGGCCCUUUGAGAUUUGACGGACCACAAGGUCAGCUAGGAGGUGGGUGUCCUUUGAGAUUUGAAGGUCCUCCAGGACCAGUAGGGACGCCUCUGCGGUUUGAGGGGCCAAUUGGUCAAGCUGGAGGAGGUGGUUUUCGGUUUGAAGGUUCCCCUGGUCUUAGGUUUGAGGGAUCUGCAGGUGGUUUGAGAUUUGAGGGACCAGGGGGCCAGCCUGUGGGUGGUCUCAGAUUUGAGGGACAUCGUGGUCAACCUGUAGGUGGUCUAAGAUUUGAAGGACCUCAUGGUCAGCCUGUGGGUGGACUUAGAUUUGAUAGUCCCCGAGGUCAGCCUGUAGGUGGACUUAGAUUUGAGGGAGGUCAUGGUCCAUCAGGAGCUGCAAUUAGGUUUGAUGGACCUCAUGGUCAGCCAGGAGGAGGGAUCAGAUUUGAGGGCCCUUUGUUACAGCAAGGAGUUGGAAUGAGGUUUGAGGGCCCCCAUGGCCAGUCAGUAGCUGGUCUGAGAUUUGAAGGACAACAUAAUCAACUUGGUGGGAACCUUAGGUUUGAGGGUCCACAUGGUCAACCAGGGGUUGGGAUCAGGUUUGAAGGACCUUUAGUCCAACAAGGAGGUGGAAUGAGGUUUGAGGGUCCUCCUGUACCAGGAAGUGGCCUGAGAAUUGAAGGGCCUCUGGGUCAGGGUGGUCCAAGAUUUGAAGGUUGUCAUGCUUUAAGGUUUGAUGGGCAGCCAGGUCAGCCAUCACUCUUGCCAAGAUUUGAUGGAUUACAUGGUCAGCCAGGUCCUAGAUUUGAAAGAACUCCUGGUCAGCCAGGCCCACAGAGGUUUGAUGGACCACCUGGACAGCAGGUUCAACCAAGAUUUGAUGGUGUACCUCAAAGAUUUGAUGGUCCACAACACCAGCAAGCAUCAAGGUUUGAUAUUCCUCUUGGUCUUCAAGGCACAAGAUUUGACAAUCAUCCUUCACAAAGGCUUGAAUCAGUGGCUUUCAAUCAGACUAGUCCAUAUAAUGAUCCUCCUGGCAAUGCUUUUAAUGCCCCGUCCCAAGGACUACAGUUCCAAAGACAUGAACAAAUAUUUGAUUCACCUCAAGGACCAAAUUUUAAUGGACCACAUGGUCCUGGAAGCCAGAGUUUUUCAAAUCCCCUUAACCGAGCUUCUGGACACUAUUUUGAUGAAAAAAAUCUUCAGAGUUCUCAAUUUGGAAACUUUGGCAAUUUACCUGCUCCAAUAACAGUAGGAAAUAUUCAAGCGUCUCAACCGGUUCUGACUGGUGUUGGUCAGCCAGUGGCUUUUGGCCAAGGACAACAAUUUUUACCAGUUCAUCCACAAAAUCCUGGAGCAUUUGUUCAGAAUCCUUCAGGAGCCAUUCCUAAGGCAUAUCCUGAUAAUCAUCUCAGUCAGGUGGAUGUAAAUGAGUUGUUUUCAAAACUGUUAAAAACAGGAAUUCUCAAAUUGUCCCAGCCUGAUUCAGCAACAACACAAGUAAAUGAAGUUGCUGCUCAGCCUCCCCCUGAAGAGGAGGAAGAUCAAAAUGAAGAUCAAGAUGUUCCAGAUCUUACUAAUUUUACGAUUGAAGAAUUGAAACAACGUUAUGAUAGUGUUAUAAAUCGACUGUACACUGGUAUUCAGUGUUACUCUUGUGGAAUGAGGUUUACAACAUCACAGACAGAUGUAUAUGCAGAUCACUUGGACUGGCAUUAUCGGCAAAAUAGAACAGAAAAAGAUGUUAGCAGAAAAGUCACUCAUAGACGGUGGUACUACAGUUUAACAGACUGGAUAGAAUUUGAGGAGAUAGCUGAUCUGGAAGAACGUGCAAAGAGCCAGUUUUUUGAAAAGGUGCAUGAAGAAGUUGUGCUCAAAACUCAGGAGGCUGCUAAGGAAAAGGAGUUCCAAAGUGUACCUGCUGGACCAGCUGGAGCAGUUGAGAGUUGUGAAAUCUGUCAAGAACAAUUUGAACAAUACUGGGAUGAAGAAGAGGAGGAAUGGCAUUUAAAAAAUGCUAUUAGAGUAGAUGGAAAGAUUUAUCAUCCAUCAUGUUAUGAAGAUUAUCAAAAUACAUCUUCAUUUGAUUGUACACCAUCUCCCAGCAAGACACCAGUUGAAAACCCCUUGAACAUUAUGUUGAACAUUGUCAAAAACGAAUUGCAGGAACCUUGUGAAAGUCCCAAAGUUAAGGAAGAACGGAUUGAUACUCCACCAGCUUGUACAGAGGAAAGCAUAGCAACACCCACUGAAAUUAAAACAGAAAAUGAUACAGUUGAGUCAGUCUAAAUAAAAUGAGAAAGGUAUGUUUUUCUUUUUUUAAAAAAGCUGCUGUCGGAUGUAGAAGGUGAAUAAUUUUUUUAUGUAUAUAUAGACAUAUCUAUAUAAAUUGUCUAGCUGAGGCAGGGCCUUCAGCUAUCAUUUGGUUAAUAAAUACAUUUUAGUAUUUGCAUUUCCUACUGCCUGCACAGUUUCAGGUGCUUGUUGUGUGAAAGUUCUGUAGAUGUGUGCAAAUUUAACAAAAUGAAAUUGUAUGUGUAAAAAUGUACGAUUUUCACUUGUGAAACUGUAAAUUAUAAAUAAAAAAUAUUUUUGCUAUUCAUGGAGUGUAAUAUUUAUGCACACCAUCAAAUAAAGACAGUGUUUCUGUACUUUUUAUUGCGUAAAAAUGGAAUUGAACAGCAACCUCAACAUAAGAUUUUUUUUUCUAGUAGCUUCCCAUGAUUAAAGAAGCAAAGUCUGAAGUUAGUUUUAUCCUUCAAAAGGGGGUUGUGAGAGCACUGCAGGACUUUUCUCAAAUAGAAAAGCCAGAUUUGAAAAUUUUUUAAAAAACAAAAUACGACAUAUUUGCAUAUAUAUAUAUAUAUAUAUUCAGCUAUAGAGAACCAUCCAGAUGUUCAUUUUUGCAAAGUAUCUAAUGAAGCAACUUUUAUUCUUGAACAUGGACACUGAUGCCAUCAAACAAUUAACAGAUAUAUUUAAGUACUAAAGGUGAUUUUUUUUUUAAAAGACAUUUUUCAAAUUGUCAAAUGAUUUAAUGCAGGUGAACAUAUUUCUAUUUUAAGUUACAGGGGAAUCUGUAAGAAUGUUUAUUUGAAACAUGGUUAACCUUUUUCCUUUGUUGGUUUUGACUGAAUUAGAUGGAUACCAUGAGAUGUUAAUAUUCAUACAUGUAAUAAAUAGAAUGAUGAAGAAA